CGCGCCGCUCAGACCCGGCUCGGCAGCCGCCCGGGGCAGCGCAGGAGACCUGCUGCGCCCUCCUUCCUGCGGAGCCCGUGGGACAGCGGUGUCAGCAGCAUGACUUCGGCGGCGGUGGAAAUUUUGGGGCUGGGACUAGGCAUCCUGGGCUGGGUGGGGGUGAUCCUGGCCUGCGGGCUGCCCAUGUGGCAGGUGUCGGCCUUCAUCGACGUGAACAUCGUGGUGGCGCAGACCAUCUGGGAAGGGCUGUGGAUGAACUGCGUGGUGCAGAGCACGGGGCAGAUGCAGUGUAAGGUGUACGACUCCAUCCUGGCGCUGCCGCCCGAGGUGCAGGCGGGCCGGGCGCUCACCGUCAUCGUGGCACUGCUGGGGCUGGUGGCGCUGAUGGUGACCGUGGUGGGCGCGCAGUGCACCAACUGCAUCCGGCCCGGUAAGAUGAAGUCCCGCAUCGUGAUCGCCGGAGGGGCCAUCUACAUCCUCUGCGGGGUCCUGGUCCUCAUCCCGCUCUGCUGGUUCGCCAACAUCGUCAUCAGCGACUUCUACGACCCCACCGUGCCGUCGUCCCAGAAGCGGGAGAUGGGGGCCGCGCUCUACAUCGGCUGGGCGGCCACGGCCCUGCUACUCUUCGGGGGCUGCCUCAUCUGCUGCUGCUCCUGCUCCCAGCGCGACGAGACCUCCUUCCCCGUUAAGUACUCGGCGCCACGGCGGCCCACGUCCAACGGCGAGUACGACAAGAAGAACUACGUCUGAGCGGGGCUGGCCGGCUCCGCAGCCCCGCGGGGCACGGACAGACGGCUGCGGGCCGGGAGCGUCUGCGGGGAGCUCCAGCGCUCCCCUGCCUGGAGGCUUUUCUUAACGGGGACCCCCGUGAAGCGGCGGCCCUAGGCAGGGCAGCGCCCGCUGCCCUCCAGCCCGGCUCCCCGGCGGGUCCGGCCGCUCCGCUGCGGGCGGCGCCGCGCUCGGCGCCGCCGGCUCCCGGUACUGACCGACCGCGCUGCCGGGCGAGCAGAGCCCUCCGCGGCCGCGCAGAGCAGCCGAACCAGCGUCUCCCCCGCCCGGGGCGGCCGGGGGAACCAAGGAGCUCGGGCGAGUCACGGCGGCGUUUACCGGGACGCCCCGUCCGGGCUUCGCCGCCGCCGCCUGCCCGCCCGGCUCCUGCCGCGGGCCUCGGCCCUUCCCCGGCGUUAUCGUGACACUUACUUGUGAGUACUUUACCGCCCGCUGUCGCUGCCGGUGCCUCGGGGCACCGCCUGACUGCUGGCACCGGGCGUCGGAUGCGCCCUGUAGCCGAGGAGCAGCUUCCUAUCUCCGUCAUCUCUCCCAAAAGGCUACAUUUGGCAGUUCCCGCUCGGACUGAUAAGGGGGGGGUUUGAUCUAUUUGGGCAAAUAAAAUAGGGAUUCUGUCCAAAGCAUGACACUAACCUUGGUCCUUAAUCCCGCAAGCAGUAACUGUUUGGAGAAAGUUACUUGGCUUUCUUCAGUUGUUUCAGUCCCUCAGUGAAAUGUAUUGGUCUGUGUAUAUGAAACCUUGAAAGAGAUUUCAGGUAGUUGCUGUCCUUUAGUGGAGUACAAAUCAGAUAACACUGAGUUGUCCCUUGAGGUUCUUCAUCUCUUCUCUUUCUUCAGCUUAUGCUCUGUUUUUACUUGAAUAUGAAGUCAUUGCCAGAAUUAUUCGAGGACUAGAUUAAGAAAUCUAGGAGAUCACUGUAUGUCCUAGCUCCAGCAGGGCCUCUGCUCCUCUCAUCUGCACUACAGGAGACUGGAAACAUAAAAACUGCCCCAGAUACUGAUGGUUGGGGGGAAUGAUGCCUUGGUGGCCUUCUUGCCAAGUUCUGCUUGCUGCCAAUUUUGAAAUGUGUGUUCAGUUGGACAUGCACUUGGUUGGCUCCCCACUAUGAUUUUGUUAACAUGUGCUUUCCUUCAUUUACCAAAUCAAGCAAAAAAUUGCUAGAAGAAUUUUACCAAAAAUAUCUUGACUGAGACUUUAUGCCAGGUGAUCGAUCAGUUGUGAAGUCAUGACUCUCACAGCUCUCAGCUCCUCUGCAUUGCCUUGGUAAUACUCUGCAGACUGGAAGGAAGAUGGUUUGGGCAACAUAACUAAUUUUCCUGAGCUCGACACCUCCUGAACUUCACCACAGCCUGAAAUAUUAGCUUACACUUUUUUAUUUUACACUGCAGAGACAAACCGUUUUAAGGGAGGGGCUUAAGGGGAUGUGUGAUACUCCUCCAAUCUAAUUCCUUGUAAAUCCACACAGGAUUAUGCUACUAACGGUGGCAGCAUCAGCAUUGCCAUAAGAUUUCUACCAAGAGUUAGCGAGGAAAUGUGCUGUUUAUACUCCUCAGAGAGCAGCACUACGACCUCAUAGGUCCUCACAAUCACCUACCAAUACAGUGCACACCUGCCCUGAGCAUUAACUCUUGCAGCUUUCUGAUAACACCAAACUUAUGGACUAACCAUAGCUGUGGGUCUGACAGAUUUACAUUGACUCUGUUCUUGCCUUGCUUAGCAAACUUAAAAUCCUGGAGGUAUCAACAAUUCACAAACUGGAAUAAGAGACUAAAGCCUUGCCUUUGCAAAUUUUGAUGUUGAAUAUUGAGCACAAGAUUUACCCUCUUGAAGAUAACUGCUUUUGUUUUUUAAACACACAAAUAACAGGGUCUGUUUUAUCAGACAAUACAAAAGUAGAGCUGUAUGUCUACAACUACUUCUCUAUAAAGAGGUGCAGUUCUAACGCUGUCUCCCUUUAAAUAAAAGCUGUAAUAUUGUUUUUAUGAUGUGAUAUGUAGUUUUGGUACAAGAAUGAAAUGUUCUGUAUUUCAUCAUUGCAACUUUUUAAGAACAGUAUAACCUUGUCAACUGUAAAUGUAUUUAAAUGCAUCUAUUUUGCAAGAAAUCUACCAAAGUUGGCUUGUUAUAUGGUUUGGUGCCUUUAUUUGUUUCAUGACUACUUUAUUUUAAGUUGUAACAUCCAACUGUAUUUGUCACCCACCCUCACCCUUGCUCAGCUCUCUGGUCUCUAGAAAAUGAGUCCACAGAUACUAGCUGAAAUGCUGGACCUCACUCUCUUUUGUCUCAAGUUAAAGAACUAAACCCCGUUGACAAAUGUCUGCAUGUCUCUGAACAGCAGAGCCUUCAGAAGUGCUGCAGAAUUUGCGGUCUGACCAAAAGAUGAACUCUUUCUGGACAGUGCAUCACUAGCAUUUCAAAUCAAAACUGGUGUCUUUGGGAGGGGGAGGGAAACCCACGCCUUAGAAGGGAAUUUUAACAAGCCAAAUUUCUUGUAUCAAGGCAAGGUUGGAUCCUCUUAUAACCAAAAUUCGAAAAAAUUACACAGAAAGACCUCUUGGAAGAAGCCGGUGCUAACUGUGCAUGUGCUACUAAACACAGCAUCAUCCUACCAAAACCAUAACUUGUGGCUGAGGUCAGUGGGGCAGCACCCAACAAUACUUGCAGGAAGUGGGGUCCAUUUGUAAAAAUAUUUUUGCAUUUACUCUCAUCCUUCAGUAUCCUUAGUUGUUGCUGUGCUUUAAAAGACAACCUGAGAGAAUGCUGUUACUGAUGGCACUGGCUUCGGGGUAAAAGUCUAAGUUGGUUUUUGCUAUGAUUUGUUUUCUAAGAACAAAGAUCUAGUCCUGAACUUAAAAACUUGGAAGUGCUCAGGAUCAAGCCUGAACCUCAUCCCAACAAAAAGAUAAACCUAUAGCACUUGUUUACUAUUUUUAUUUUGUAUUUAUGAUUAUAAAAAUAAAAACAUGUAAACCAA